UCUUGAAUAGGUUCGUCUUGAUUACUGAGAAACAGUAUUCAGAUCAUUGUGAGGGAGGAUGUCUAUUUGUGGAAAUGCCAAAAGAUGCUUGAAAUUUUCUGUUCAAUCCCAUGUCUGGAGAGGAGUUGCCACAGCUGUGGCUCCAGAUGUGAAGCCAUUUGAUGAGAUCCCUGGUCCAAAGAGAGUUCCUCUUCUUGGGACAAUAUGGGAAGCCCUACCUCUUAUUGGCAAGCCUCCAGAUCUGGCUCGGAUGCAUAAAUUCUUCAUGGCAAAGUAUGAUCGUUAUGGUGUGAUAUGGAGGGAGGAGAUGCCAAUGAUCGGAAAGUUGGUCUUCAUCACAAAGCCAGAAGACAUUGAAAUUCUGUGUCGCAAUGAGGGGAAAAUGCCAGAAAGGGAAAUUUUGGCACCAAUCAAGUAUUACAGGACUGUUGUUGCCAAAGACACAUUUGAAAAUCCAGGAAUUUUGAUUGCGAAUGGAGAGGCCUGGUAUACCAUUCGAAGCAAAGUGCAACAAAAGCUUUUGAAGCCACAAUCAGUGCUCUCCUAUCUACCUGUGAUGAAUGAGGUGGCUGAUGACUUUGUCAAGAGAAUUAAAGCUUUGCAGAACGAAAAUCAAGAAAUGCCUGAGGAUUUUCAAAAUGAGCUCUUCAAGUUUGCCCUGGAAUCUAUCAGUUGUGUAGCCCUGAAUUCAAGGUUGGGUUGCUUUAAGGAAGGAAUCUCAGCAGACUCUGAGCCCAUGCAGAUGAUAUCUGCUGUGAUAGAUACAUUUGAUGCCUUGAAUUACACAGAGAACAAGCUGCCCCUAUGGAAGUAUUUUCCGUCCCGAGAAUUUAAAAAGCUCAUCAAAGCCCAGGACUUAUUCACCCAAGUAGCUAUACGUCGGAUAAAUGAGGCAAUAGAGAAGGCAAAGGAGAAGUUGGUCUCUCAAGAUGCUGAACUGACUGUGCUUGAAACCAUGCUGACAAACCCACAGAUGAGGCCAAAGGAGGUCCUUGUCAUGAUCCUUGAUAUGCUUCUUGCUGGAAUAGAUACUACUUCGCACAGCAUUGCUUUCACCAUUUAUAACCUGGCAAAGAACCCAGAUGUGCAGGAAAAAGCUCGGGCAGAAGUGCUGAGGACCAUACCAGACAAGAAUGCUGUGAUAACACCUGCUGCCUUGAAUGAGCUCUCAUACCUCAAAGCUUGUGUGAAAGAAAAUCUUCGGCUCUUUCCAGUCGUAGGGGGCAUACUUAGGGUCUUGCCAAAGGAUGUGACAUUAAGUGGAUAUAUGGUUCCCAAAGGAACAUGGGUGAUAGCUUUCUCAUACAUGUUCUCCACCUUGGAGGAAUAUUUUGAUGAGCCACUGAAGUUCAAACCAGAGAGAUGGCUUCGAGAGUCUGGCACUAAAUCUCAUCCAUUUGCUCAUCUUCCUUUUGGAUUUGGUCCCAGGAUGUGUGUUGGUCGUCGGAUUGCAGAGCAGGAGAUGUGGGUGGUCCUGGCUAAGUUGCUUCAGCAUUUCAACAUAGAGUACCAUCAUGCUGACAUCCAGAUUCAAACUCGUCUAUUGAACACUCCUGACAAGCCACUGAAGAUUGGUAUGCAAUACAUCAAAGAGGCCAUAAAGAAAUUCCAGAAGAGAGUGGAUGGCAAUGAGCAAGAUCUUUCUGUAUUAGAAUCUCUGCUCACACAAUCUGCUCUGACUGAAAAAGAAGUACUUGUCAUGAUCCUUGACAUGCUAUUGGCUGGAGUUGAUACUACCUCAAAUACCAUUGGAUUUGCCCUAUAUCACUUGGCUCGUAAUCCAGAGGCACAAGAAAGGCUUCAUGAAGAAGUCAAGAGAGUCCUCCCUACAAAGGAAACCAAAAUCACUCCCCAAAUCUUAAAUGGGCUCUCCUAUGUCAAAGCUUGCAUCAAGGAAACCCUCAGAUUGAAUCCUAUUGCUGCUGGGACAUUUCGUCAGUUUGAUCAUGAUGUUGUGGUUGGUGGAUAUCACAUCCCAAAAAAGGUACUGUUCUUCCUGGUAACUUUCAUCACUUCACGCCUGGAGAAAUAUUAUCCAGAUCCUGAAGCAUUCAAGCCAGAACGCUGGCUACGAGGGCAAAGGAGUGAUGUGAAUCCCUUUGCAACUCUUCCUUUUGGCCAUGGACCUCGAAGCUGUAUUGGUAGAAGAAUUGCUGAACAAGAAAUGUGGCUUCUUCUGAUAAAGGUGGCAAACAGAUACAAGAAAUAUGGACCAAUUUGGAAAGAAGUCUUACCAUUUCGAUUUACUAGUGUCAAUGUUGUCAGACCAGAAGACAUUGAGAUGGUGUUCCGGCUGGAGGGAAAAACCCCUGCCCGACCUGGUCUUCAGUCACUAAAGGAAGUGCGCCAAAAACACCUAGAGGAACAGCUACAAAAUCCAGGCAUUCUCAUUGCGAAUGGAGAGGACUGGUACAAGAUUAGAAGCCAGGUUCAGCAAAGUAUGAUGAAACCAAAGUCAGCUCUUCUCUACCUCCAGCCCAUGGAGAAGGUGGCUAAAGAAUUUGUGGAAAGAAUGAAGUCAAUUCGGGAUGCCAAUGGAGAAUUACCAGCAGACUUCAUCAAUGAACUCUACAAAUGGGCUGUGAGCCUGGUGGCUUUGGAUAGGAGAUUAGGAUGCCUGGAGCCAAACCUCAGCAAGGAUUCUCCUCCACAGAGGAUGAUACAAGCUGUGAAUGACAUGUUUGCAGCCAUGAAUAGAACUGAACAGGGAGCUUUGCCCUGGUGGAAGAUCUUCCCUACUCCUUCAUGGAAGAAGCUGGUUCAUUCUCAGAGAACACACAUGGAGAUCAGCUUGAAAUUCAUUGGUGAAUCCAUGAAAACUUUGAAGCAGAGAAGCACGGAUGAAGACAGAGAUCCCAGUGUCCUGGAAAUCCUACUAUCUAGGACAGACCUGACUCAAAAAGAGGUGCUUGUGAUGAUCCUUGACAUGCUUUUUGCUGGCAUCGAUACUGUAUGUUUCACUUGUCUUUCAGUCCAAUGUCAAGUCAGCUACAUGUUCAGUAUAUCAAGGUGUAUCUCUUGGCAGACCUCAAACACAAUUGGGUUCACCAUGUAUCAUUUGGCAAAAAACCCAGAGAAGCAGGAGAAGUUGUAUGAAGAAGUGAAGAAGAUAUUGCCCUCCAAGGAUAUGCCAAUCACUCCAAAGGUCCUGAAUGAGCUCUCAUUUGUGAAAGCAUGCAUCAAAGAAACGCUUAGAAGAGAGUACUUGCUCAUCUUUAGAUUGAAUCCAGUCACUGUUGGUACACUUCGGGUGUUGGAUUGUGACAUUGUCCUUUCAGGAUAUCACAUUCCUAGAGGGAUGCAUCUAAUUACCAUGAACUAUAUUGCAUCACAUCUGGAGGAGUAUUAUCCUGAGCCUGAGAAGUUCAAGCCAGAGCGAUGGUUACGAGGGCAGAAGGAUGAAAUAACUGCAUUUGCGUCCAUCCCAUUUGGUCAUGGGGCUCGCAUGUGCAUCGGACGAAGAAUUGCUGAGCAAGAAAUGUGGCUUCUUCUGACCAAAGUCAUCCAGAACUUCUACCUGGAAUAUCAUCAUGAGGACAUCGGCAUUCUCUCAAGGCUGGUUGAGAGAGCCUAUUCAGCAACACCAAUGAAAAAGAAUGCUGUCCAUAAGUUCUUUUGGUCCAGAUACAAGAAGUAUGGACCAAUAUGGAGAGAAGUCUUACCCCUUCGAUUCACCAGUGUCAACCUUGUCAGGCCAGAAGACAUUGAGAUGGUGUUCCGGCUGGAGGGGAAAAACCCUGACCGACCUAGCCUUGAAUCGAUGAAAGAAGUGCGCCUUAAAUACCUUGAUGAGGAGCUUCAAAAUCCAGGCGUACUCCUUGCGAAUGGAGAGGAAUGGUACAGAAUUAGAAGCAGGGUUCAGCAGAGCAUGAUGAAACCAAAAUCAGCUCUUCUGUACCUCAAACCCAUGGAAGAAGUGACUGAAGAAUUUGUAGAAAGAAUGAAGUCACUUCGGGAUGCCAGUGGGGAAUUGCCUGCAGAUUUCAUCAAUGAACUCUACAAAUGGGCUGUGAGCCUGGUGGCUUUGGAUAGGAGAUUAGGAUGCCUGGAGCCAAACCUCAGCAAAGAUUCUCCUCCACAGAGGAUGAUAGAGGCAGUGAACGACAUGUUUGCAGCCAUGAAUAGAACAGAAUUUGGAACUUUACCCUGGUGGAAGUUCUUCCCAACUCCAUCUUGGAAGAAGCUAGUUCAAUCUCAGAGAACACACAUGGAAAUCAGCUUGAAAUUCAUUGAUGAGUCAAUUAAAAAUUUGAAGGAGAGGAGAGUUGAUGAAGACAGAGAUCCUAGUGUCCUGGAAAUUCUCUUAUCCAGGACAGACCUGACUCAAAAAGAGGUGCUUGUGAUGAUUCUUGACAUGCUUUUUGCAGGCAUUGAUACAACCUCAAACACAGUUGCAUUCACCAUGUUUCAUCUGGCAAAGAACCCAGAGAAACAGGAGAAGCUGUAUGAAGAAGUGAAGAAGGUAUUGCCCUCCAAGGAUAUGCCAAUCACUCCAAAGGUCCUGAAUGAGCUCUCAUUUGUGAAAGCAUGCAUCAAGGAAACCUUAAGGUUGAAUCCAAUUGCUUCUGGAACCCUUCGAGUGUUGGACCGUGAUGUUGUCCUUUCAGGAUACCACAUUCCUAAGGGGAUGUUUCUCUUCACCAUGAACAUCAUUGCAUCACGUUUGGAGGAGUAUUAUCCUGAGCCUGAGAAGUUCAAGCCAGAGCGGUGGCUACGUGGGCAGAAAGAUGAAGUGACUGCAUUUGCCUCUAUCCCAUUUGGUCAUGGUUCUCGCAUGUGCAUUGGGAGAAGAAUUGCAGAACAGGAAAUGUGGCUGCUUCUUACAAAAGUUACUUUCAUUUCACAUCGAUCCAAGGCAACAGACACAUCCUAUGGUGGUGAAUCAGUAGCUAAGAAGACUCCAUUGCCAUUUCAAGAUGUCCCUGGAACCCGAAGCAUCCCUGUUCUUGGUUCAAUGUGGGAUGUUGCCAUCCCAUUCCUUCGAUAUAUGAAGUAUGGACCAAUAUGGAGGGAUGUCAUACCCCUUCGAUUCACCAUUGUCAACCUCGUAAGGCCAGAAGACAUUGAGAUGGUGUUCCAACUGGAGGGGAAAACCCCUGAACGACCUGGACUGAUGUCACUAAAGGAAGUGAGGCAAAAAUACCUAGAGGAACAUCUACAAAACCCUGGCAUUCUCAUGGCUUUGGUGGCACUGGACAGGAGAUUGGGAUGCCUUGAGCCCAAUCUCAGUGAGGAUUCUCCCCCACAGAGGAUGAUACAAGCUGUUAAUGACAUGUUUGCAGCCAUAAAUAGAACUGAACAGGGAGUUUUGCCUUGGUGGAAAUUCUUUCCAACUCCAUCUUGGAAGAAGCUGGUUCACUCUCAGAGAACACACAUGGAAAUCAGCUUGAAAUUCAUUGAUGAGUCAAUUAAAAUUCUGAAGGAGAGAGGAGCAAGUGUAGAGGGAGAUCCCAGUGUCCUGGAGCUCUUACUAUCUAGGACAGACCUGACUCGAAAAGAGGUGCUUGUGAUGAUCCUUGACAUGCUUUUAGGGGGCAUUGAUACAGUAUGUUUCACUUGUUUCUCAGUUCAAUGUCAAGUCAGCUACAGGUUCAGUAUAUCAAGGUGUAUCUCUUGGCAGACCUCAAACACAGUUGGAUUUACCAUGUACCAUCUGGCAAAGAACCCAGAGAAGCAGGAGAAGCUUUAUGAGGAAGUGAAGAAGGUAUUGCCCUCCAAGGAUAUGCCAAUCACUCCAAAGAUCCUGAAUGAGCUCUCAUUUGUGAAAGCUUGCAUCAAGGAAACACUUAGGUUGAAUCCAGUCUUUGUUGGUACACUUCGGGUGUUGGAUUGUGACAUUGUCCUUUCAGGAUAUCACAUUCCUAAAGGGGUGAGCUGUCUUGAUAUGCAUCUAAUCACCAUGAACUAUAUUGCAUCACGUCUGGAGGAGUAUUAUCCUGAGCCUGAGAAGUUCAAGCCAGAGCGGUGGCUACGUGGGCAGAAGGAUGAAGCGACUGCAUUUGCCUCCAUCCCAUUUGGUCAUGGGGCUCGCAUGUGCAUUGGGAGAAGAAUUGCAGAACAGGAAAUGUGGCUGCUUCUUACAAAAGAUGAGGUGAUUCCACUCUCUGAACGCUUCUUGGAAUUUGUUCUCAAGAAUGGGGAGGAGUGGUACAAGAUUAGAAGCAGGGUUCAGCAGAGCAUGUUGAAACCUAAGUCGGCUCUUCUGUACCUCAAACCCAUGGAAGAGGUGGCUGAAGAAUUUGUAGAAAGAAUGAAGUCACUUAGGGAUGCCAAUGGAGAAUUACCAGCAGAUUUCAUCAAUGAACUCUACAAAUGGGGUUUGGAAUCUGUAAGUUUGGUGACACUGGACAGGAGAUUGGGAUGCCUUGAGCCCAAUCUCAGUGAGGAUUCUCCCCCACAGAGGAUGAUACAAGCUGUUAAUGACAUAAUCAGCUUGAAAUUCAUCGAUGAGUCAAUUAAAAAUUUGAAGGAGAGGAGAGUUGAUGAAGAACGAGAACCUAGUGUCCUUGAAAUUCUCUUAUCCAAGACAGACUUGACUCAAAAAGAGGUGUUUGUGAUGAUUCUUGACAUGCUUUUUGCAGGCAUUGAUACAGUAUGUUUCACCUGUCUCUCAGUCCUAUGUCAAGUCAUCUACAUGUUCAGUAUAUCAAGUUGUAUCUCUUGGCAGACCUCAAACACAGUUGGAUUUACCAUGUACCAUCUGGGAAAGAACCCAGAGAAGCAGGAGAAGCUUUAUGAGGAAUUGAAGAAGGUAUUGCCAUCCAAGAAUAUGCCAAUCACUCCAAAGAUCCUGAAUGAGCUCUCAUUUGUGAAAGCAUGCAUCAAGGAAACCUUAAGGUUGAUUCCAAUCGCUCUUGGAACAAUUCGGGUGUUGGAUUGUGAUGUUGUCCUUUCAGGAUAUCAUAUUCCUAAGGGGAUGCAUCUAAUCACCAUGAACUAUAUUGCAUCACAUCUGGAGGAGUAUUAUCCUGAACCUGAGAAGUUCAAGCCAGAACGAUGGCUACAAGGACAGAAGGAUGAAGUGACUGCAUUUGCCUCAAUUCCAUUUGGUCAUGGGGCUCGCAUGUGCAUUGGGAGAAGAAUUGCAGAACAGGAAAUGUGGCUUCUUCUUAUCAAAGUAACUAGAGAUCUGAGUUUCCCACUUCCUGAAUACAAGAAGUAUGGACCAAUAUGGAGAGAAGUCUUUCCCCUUCGAUUCACUGCUGUCAGCCUUGUCAAGCCAGAAGACAUCAAGAUGAUGUUCCGGCUGGAGGGGAAAACCCCUGAACGGCCUAGUCUUGAAUCGAUGAAAGAAGUGCGCCUAAAAUAUCUUGAUGAGCAGCUUCAAAAUCCAGGCGUACUCCUUGCGAAUGGAAAGGAAUGGUACAGGAUUAGAAGCAGGGUUCAGCAGAGCAUGAUGAAACUGAAAUCAGCUCUUCUGUACCUCAAACCCAUGGAAGAAGUGGCUGAAGAAUUUGUAAAAAGAAUGAAGUCACUUCGGGAUGCCAGUGGGGAAUUGCCUGCAGAUUUCAUCAAUGAACUCUACAAAUGGGCUGUGAGCCUGGUGGCUUUGGAUAGGAAAUUAGGAUGCCUGGAACCAAACCUCAGCAAGGAUUCUCCUCCACAGAGGAUGAUAGGGGCAGUGAAUGACAUGCUUGCAGCUGUGAAUAAAACAGAAUUUGGAGCCUUGCCCUGGUGGAAGUUCUUCCCAACCCCAUCUUGGAAGAAGCUAGUUCAAUCUCAGAGAACACACACGGAAAUCAGCUUGAAAUUCAUUGAUCAGUCAAUGAAAGCUCUGAAGGAGAGAAGAGCCGAUGAAGACCGAGAUCCUAGUGUCCUGGAAAUCCUACUAUCUAGGACAGACCUGACUCAAAAAGAGGUGCUUGUGAUGAUUCUUGACAUGCUUUCAGCGGGCAUUGAUACGUGUCAAGUCAGCUACAUGUUCAGUAUAUCAAGGUGUAUCUCUUGGCAGACCUCAAACACAGUUGCAUUCACCAUGUAUCAUUUGGCAAAAAACCCAGAGAAGCAGGAGAAGUUGUAUGAAGAAGUGAAGGACAUAUUGCCAUCCAAGGAUACGCCAAUCACUCCAAAGGUCCUGAAUGAGCUCUCAUAUUUGAAAGCAUGCAUCAAAGAAACCUUCAGGUUGAAUCCAAUUGUUUCUGGAACCGCUCGGGUGUUGGAUCGUGAUGUUGUCCUUUCAGGAUACCACAUUCCUAAGGGGGUGUUUCUCAUCUCUGUGAACAUCAUAACAUCUCGCCUGGAGGAGUAUUUUCCUGAACCUGAUAAGUUCAAGCCAGAGCGGUGGCUACGAGGACAGAAGGAUGAACUGACUCCUUUUGCCUCUAUCCCAUUCGGUCAUGGAGCUCGUAUGUGUCUUGGGAGAAGAAUCGCUGAACAGGAAAUGUGGCUUCUUCUUACUAAAUACAAUUAUACUGAACAAGGUGUCCCAAAAGGUCUGGAGAGACUAGAACAUCUUCAAAUCGUCUAUGACAAUGUGAAGAACAAGGGUCGGAGUCGGGAGGUGGUUAGGGAGAAGCUGUUAGAUAUCGGGAGACAGUUCAGAUCCACCCAGUUGGAAGUGCACCAACUCAUCCGUCAGGCUCAUGCCAGUCUCUCCCGACUCAAGGAAAUCGCUCUGGAACCGGAUGUCUUCACCGUCACCGAGUACAUCGAUCUCCUCAUUCAACAGGAGAAACGACAUGGUAACAGCAAAAGAGUCGAAGCCCUGGAAGCCUCUCGCCAGGCGGCCAUGUGGCUUUCGGCAAUGACGGUCCAGGAAGAUUGGGAUCCUUUCGAUCAACCUCUCUCUGAUCUGAAGAAGAUUGACCUGGAACUCAUGCUUGAGGACGAGGACUGCGACAUCCAGUUCCUGGGAAAGCCAAAGGGGUUCAUAAAAACUCUCAAUAUCUUCUCACAUCGGAAGGAGAUACUUGCAGUGGAUGAUAAUGAGCGGAGAUUAAUCCAGGAGAAAUUCUCAGUGCCUCCAACAUCAAACGUGCGAAGCCCAGCGACUCAUUUCAUCAUGAUGGAGGAGGUGAGGUUGGCCGAGCGAAUUCGAUCCAGGUCCAUUUUCAUGGGUCAAAUCGAUGGAUACGACAUGUAUGAAUUGAAGAAAGAGGUGGUGUGUAGGGAAGAAAAUUCAUACGGCAUUUAUCACGUACUCAAAGACGAAUACCCUGUCACGUGCAUCGGGAAAAUCGUCAUGUUCGUCGGGGCCACUGGAGCAGGU